CUUCCGGUGUCCCCAGCAGCCGUGCUCCGUGACGCCGUUCCGCCCGUUGUUGUUCAGCAUCCUCCGCUCGCUAGCUCCCGUUAGCCGUCCGCGGCUCCCGCGCUGCUCCACCAUGAGUCGAAAGAGGAACCACGGCUUCUCCGAGCCAUCCUGCCCCCCAACCUCCACGGAGCCUUCCUGGAGCCCCCGGGCCGGGCAGCCGAGCGGAGGGGGAUUUCCUGGAGAUGGAGCCCGACGAGGAGCUGCUGUGCUCGGUCACCGACAUCACGGAGCACCUGGGCAGGAACAUCACCGUGGUGCUGGAGACCGCGCUGUCCGAGAUCCGCAAGAUGGUCAGCAGCAGGAUCCGGGUCCUGAAGAUGGAGCUGCUGGACAAGAGCGAGGAGAUCGAGGUGCUGAAGGCGCGGCUGGACUCGGUGCACAGGGACGGGAGGGACUGCUUCCCCGACCCGUCCGCGGAGGCUGCCUUCAGGAAGCAGGACUUCGGCUCCGGAACCAGGCACAGCAACGGAGAACCGCGCAGGACCAAGCCGGCGCUGCCCGCCGUCAAGAAGGAGAACAUCGACGCGAUCUGCGACUACCUGAUGAAGGACAAGAACUCCAGAGGGGGCCCCGCGGACCCGGACCCCGCCGACAGGGAGGCGGACCCGCCUGCCCUCAACCUGUGGGCGGACGGCGGCGUGGGGGCCCCGGGGCCCGGGCCCGGGCCCGGAGACUCCGAGGCCGCCGCGGAAGACAUCUUCGCCACUCCGUCCGGCAGCAAGCGGAUGUACGACUACGAGUGGAUCGCCCCGAUGGAGUACUCUGCAGACCUGAAAGGUGGACCAGCAGGGGACUUCUCCAUGGAGCCCCAGGACUCCCCCGGAGAAGGGGGCAGCUCCCUGGAGGGAAACUCGGACGGGGCCGAGGCAGGGCCGUUCUGUGCUGAGACCUACAUCUGCUCGCUGUGCGGCGUCUUCUGUCCCGACUCGCUGUUCCUGGAGGAACACGUCAGGCUGCUGCACCCGGACUCCGCCGACGCCCUGCAGUCCACCUCCGGCGGCGAGCCCGGGAGGGCGGAGGGACUGUCGGGCGAGGGCCGGCCGGCGCCGGGCUCGGGGGGCAGGAGGGAGAUGAAAAGCGACGGCGGGUACGAGUGCGGGGACUGCGGCCGGCACUUCAACUACCUGGGCAACCUGCGCCAGCACCAGCGCAUCCACACCGGCGAGAAGCCCUUCAUGUGCCCGGAGUGCGGCGAGAGCUUCCGCCACGCCGCCCGGCUGAAGAGCCACCGGCUGGUCCACAGCGGCGCCCAGCCCUUCCCCUGCCUGCAGUGCGGGAAGGGCUUCUCCGUGCUGUCCGGACUCAAGAGACACCAGCGCGUCCACACCGGGGAGAGUCCCUACGCCUGCCCGCAGUGCGGCCGCCGCUUCAAGGAGCUGGGCAACCUGUACACCCACCAGAGGAUCCACAGCGGCGCCACGCCCUACUGCUGCCAGCAGUGCGGCCGCAGGUUCCGCCAUCUGGGCACCUACAAGAGCCACCGCUGCAGCGCGCCGCCGUGACGGGCGCCGGUCCGCCGGUCCGCCGCCGCCGCGCAGUGGAGCACCGCGGUCCUGACCGGACAGCUGGGACUCUGCCCUUUGACCCCUGGAGCUUAUUUCGAAAUGACAAAGACUUGUGAGGACUGUGUGGACAAAGUCCAGUUUGCUGAUCGUCCAGAUCAGCAGUUAGAAAACAUUUUCAUCAAAUGGCACAUUUAGCAGGUGUGUUACGGUCAUCCAUCCAUCAUCCAUCCAUCCCAUCAUCCAUCCAUCAUCCAUCCAUCACAACAUCCCUCAUCCAUCCAUCUUCUGAAGCACUCCAAACAUAUUCCAUUGUUAGAAUUUUAAGGGCAGAAACGUCACCGCUCAUAUUUACACUUCCAAGUAAAAACCUUUGGAACAGUGUUUUCUCCAUGUGGUUGACCGUUUCGGUGGCCGGCCACUCUGAGGAGUGUUUCCCACCUACCCCUGAGGAGACACGAGGACCAAGUCAGACUGGGGACUGUGUAUCUAAUUCUAUAGGAUCUCUUGAGUCCAUUUCAAGCAGAUGUUGCGGAACCCGUCAGUAAUGUCCCAGUGAUCAAACCAUGCCCAUGAAAAGUCACACCAGGAGUUUACAGUGAGCAGUGCCAUGGAAAAGCAUUUCCCCCUUCUCUAGCCUUUUUUUUCUUGCAUUUUCCCUACUGAAAUGUUUAAAAUGAUCAAACAAGUGCAAACAGCAGACAACGAUCACCCUCGUAAUCUGCGUCUUGGUUAAAUGGUGAUUUGUUUGAGGCUGGCCUUCAGAGCUGGAUUCCCGGAGCGCCAGCCACCACAGCGCUGCUUACUUUGUUUUGAUCUCGUUCAUUUCUGUUGUCAGGCAGUGAUUGGUGGGAUCUAUGAAAACCCUCCUCGGCUUGGGUCGGGUGGGCGGUGCCAGAAGUCAUGAGCGGCUCAUCGCGGUGGUGACCUGGUGACCUGCACCUCCAGCAGCUUCAUGAUCUUAAUGACUCUUCCUAACUUCCAGUUCAGAAUCGGCUGCUUCCUGCUCCUGAGCCUCGCAGCGUGACGGCGGCGAGGCGGUGUCGGUGGACCUCAGUGCACCGCGGCAGGAUUCUCAGUAUCGCACUAUAUCACACCUCCCAAAAAGUUCAGCCCUUGUCUGGUCAGUCCGUAGUUUAUCGUUCCAGAUGUUUUGGGGAUCCUUCAGAUCUUUGCAGAAGUAACCUGAGCCUUGAUGCUCUUGUGGUCUGCAGUGGGUCUCUGCCCUGGACCUCAGCCGUUGUCCUGACCUCUGACCCCAGCUGAGGUGAGGGACCCUGCGGUUCUGUAGAUGUCCUGGUUCCUCUGAGACCUCCUGGAUGCGCCGCUGCUCUGCUCUUGGGGUCAUUUUGGCAGUUCUGAUGUCCUGGUCCUGGAUGGGUCAGGAGCAGGUUUUGGUGUGGUUGAUUCAGUUGAAGUCUUUCCAGGAGUCGUGAUUAGUUACAGUUACUGUGUUUAACAAGAGGAGCAGUUGCUUGUUCACAUCUGACUGGGUGGGUGUGGAGACCUUUCUUUCUCCAAUAAAAUAAUUUAAAAAUGGCAUUUUGGGUUUAAUUUUGGUAUCUUUUCUCAAAUAUUUGAAUUUGAUGUCAGUGGGGAAAUAGUACUUUUCCACAGCACUGCCUCUGAGAGGCAGCUGGCAGCGUAUCGCCGUCUGAUGAGGAGAAAACCUGAGCUCCAUUUUCACUCUUGAGUCAAAGACAACUCAGAAUUGAUGUUUUAACAUCAGCACAAAAUAAACAAGGUUGAAGUUGGACUUCAGUUUUUUCACAUGAUGUUUUCAGGUGAAAAUGGAACAUUCUGGAUGGUUCCCAGGACGAGGAACUGAACCUUUAGAGAACAUUUUUAAAACACUCCGACUCCGUCUCCAUAGAAAAACAGAACUUUUCUGAAACACUGACACUCUACUGUCGUAGUAAAUAGUCUCUGCACAAGCAUGAGAAGAAUUAACUCGUUAAACGUGAGUGAGGUGUGUGCUUAACUCCUGAACCGAACGGUUUCUCCAAGCAAGUUGACUGCGUCCAGAACAUGAGCCACACCGUCACUAGGACAUUUACUCCACUGCGGUCUAGAACGUUUACCACGUCGUCUGGACCACAUGUCCAGAAAUGUUCCUCUCACUAUGUGAAUGGCCUAAAACGAUGAAGAAAGACAGUUUGAAGGAACGCCGUUGUUUCCUGUGUGCUCUUCUGUGUGUGCAGAAGCAGGUGACUUUAAACGCCACACUGCAGUUACUGCAUUGCCAUGUAAAUGGUCAUUGUUUUCAAACGUUAACGUCUAAAUGUCGAAACUUUUCGGUAACGACUCAAGUCAUCAAUUUUCACUGGAAAUGCGACAGUGAUGGCGUAAACAUGUAAACAGGGUGCAAACGUCACGGAGACGGCGUUAACAUCGUGUAAAUGGCGUAAACAUGUAAAUGGGGCGUCAACAUUGUGUAAACAAAGUGUAAAUGUUGUCUAAACAGCACAAACAUGUAACCAGGGUGUAAACAUGGCACAAACGUAAACAGGGCGUAAACAUUGUGUAAACAUCGUGUAAACGUAAUCAGGGCGUAAACAUGGCGUAAGCAGGGCGUAAACAUUAUGUAAACGUAGUGUAAACGUAAACAUGGCGUAAACAGCGCUGUUCCAGCGGUGUGAUGAGCCUCAGUGAAAAGUGAGCCUCUGGGUGGAGCUGGGCAGGUGGUGCUGCUGCUGGGCAGGUGGUGCUGCUGGGCAGGUGGUGCUGCUGGGCAGGUGCUGCUGUACAGGUGCUGCUGCUGGGCAGGUGGUGCUGCUGGGCAGGUGGUGCUGCUGUACAGGUGGUGCUGCUGCAGCCUGGUUGUAGCCAGCAGUAAGUUCUGUUAGCGUGUUUUGGAGUUUUCUUGUUCUCUCUGAGCUCCUGUUUGCUCCUGGUCCUGUUAAUAACUCCAGCAGUCCAGACGUGGUUGUUCAUUGAAGUGGAGGAUGGGAGCGUGCACACAGCGCUGCUGCAGUGUGUCUGAAGUCAUCUUGUUUUCUGAAUUAAAUGGAUCUUAAGUUUUGGACUAUAUUCCUUCAAUCAGUUUAUUUUCAGCAUGUUCUCAGAAAUACCAGGAAGCAGCAGGUUCCUCAGGACCCAGCAGCUGGACCCUGCAGCAGCCUGCUCCUCUGAGGACUGAAGCUGGAGGACUUUCUGUUCACCUCUGUGUGUUUUCACAGUGCAAUUCAUCACAGGUUUCUCCAGCUGAGGGUUUCGGUGACAGACGGAGCUCAGAGGAAGCUUUUCUCUGGAGGACUGGAUGCAGUCGGUGUCUGUGUCUCUAAUGCUGCUGUGGUAAAAGACUGACUGCUCCUCAGCAGGGGGCUCUGCCUUCACCACCGCCUGCUGCCCCCUGCUGCCCCCUGCUGCUCCCUGCUGCCCCCUGCUGCCCCUGCUGCUCCCUGCUGCCCCUGCUGCUCCCUGCUGCCCCCUGCUGCUCCCUGC